AUGGCGGCAGCCAUCGCCUUCGACAAGAACUUGAGUCUCUGGCGUGUGAAGGUCGCUCUGGCGGCUCGGAAGCUGCUGUCGCUUGGACGUGCUUUCGAGGUUGAGUAUUCGCUGCCUAGUGAGGCAGUUGACGAGCUCAAGUUUCUCAACUUCGGCCUCCGCGUCGCUGCCGUUGUGGGCUCGCACGUGUUUCAAGUCUCGGAGACCACGAGCGAGCCCCCACGCUUCCCGAUGGAGUGCAAGGACAGCGUGGCGGGCAGAUCAACCUACAGCCACCCCAUCUGCACGAUUGAAGCCGGCGACUACUUGGUUGGUAUCGGGACGGGGGACCGUCUCAAGGAGGUGGCGCAGGACGUAGCGACGCUAGGAGCAGAGGCUAGUGUCAAGCAGGAGCAGAGCAAGAGUGGCAAGAAGACCGUCGUGUUCCGCUUUGUGCGUAUGGAGGCGACUCAAAAUUCUUCGAAGAAACGAGUGACUUUCGCCCCAGAUGUGAAAGGUUCUACUCCAGAGGCGCAGCGCUAUGAUGCUCCGAAAGCACCCAAGCCCAAAAUUGCUGGAGUGGGGGAGAGUCGAGUCUACCUGCGAACGUUGCUCGGGUCAAAUAUCGUGCAGUCGCUGCAGCAAAUACCAUUGUCGGAGGUACUGAAGGACCAAGAAAUCAGGCUGAGUGAGGAGCUAAAGCACGCGACUGACACAGAGGUGGCCGAGCACCAGAAGCUGUACGGCGAGAUGAUGGAGUACUUAAAGAGCGAGUACGGCUUCUGCAAGGCCAACUGCACUCGAGAUGUCAAGGACGACGUCUUCAACUACCUCAUUGACAAAAACAUUGUGCGGGUAAGUCUGAAUAUCGGAGAUGGGGUUGUUUAG